CCUUCUUGCCCAUCCCCUGAGAACGCUCCUAGGGCAGAAAAGGGGCCAGAAAGGUCUUCUUCCUCCCCCUUUCUCUCAGCCUCUCUCUUCUGGGCUCUCAGCGCCGCUCUCUGCCCCUCCCAGUCCCUCCAGUCCCUCUUGUCGCUAUUCUGUUGGACUGUGUUAGCCCUCCUGGCUGGCUGUAAUAUGAGGCUCCCGCUGCCGCCACAGGGCACAGACCGGCUGCCAAAGCCCCACUUUUGGCUAAAAGAGGCGCUGCCAGGUGCACAACUCUGGGCAUGAUCUAUUUGAGCUUCGAGGGAAAGCCCAGCACUGGUCCCAGGAAAGGUACCUAGAAGGACCCCCUUGGUGAGUAUAGGGCUAGUGGAUAGGGUUGGCAAGGGCUGGAGGACCAAAUAAUCCCAGAUUACCGGUAAGGAAGGAGACUGGUCUGAGCUACCCUCGAGGGACUUGCUCCUGGGCUCCCUCUAGCGCAGAUACCCCUAAGGCUGCCUUGUCUGACUUUCCCUCCAUCUGGGAAAAUAGUCACUAGCCUGGUCUCUAGGGAUCUGAGUCUAGUUAGCCAACAGGUACACAACUAGUCCUGGAGGACCACUUCCUGGAUAAAGGCCUGGAAGGUAUGUGUCGUGUGGUCGGCCCCAUGUAUUAUUCUGUGUGCUAGCAGAAGGAUGGGAGAUAACAUCUGGGACCCGUGAGGAGACUAGCUAAUGAGGACUCAUAAAGGUCCUGGGGCCCCAGGGGGUUGGCUCACAAAGACGUGCUGUUCAGUAAAGCCGGCUAGGGUCAGGAAGGAUAUAGUUCAUGGGGGAUACUCGUAGGAGCAAGGCUAAGAAGCCAUGCACAGAAGGCUGAUGGCCCAGAUGGCUAGCUCUCAGAGUGGUCCAGUCCUCUGAGACCAGGCUGAUGUGGAGGGCUGGCUGGUCCUCCUGGGAAUGGCUCAGAACUGAACAUGCAGAGGAUGUGGAAAAGCCCCCCUCCCCUUGCCCCUUUAGUCCGCAGGCUUGGCAAACUCUGCCCCCUGGUGGCCACAGGAAACCAUGGUCCAGGCACUGUUUUCAGAAGGCCCAUCACUCCCCCCAGAUAACAAGCAGGCUCUUGGGGGGGACAUCUGUGGGUCUAAGAGAGAACUCAGGUGACUCUGGGUCCAGAACAGAGAUUGCAGGAGGCCUUGGCUCCCAGUCAACAGACAACACAGAGUGACCAACCGGUUGGCACUCUAAUUCUCCAGAGCUCUGCUUCCUCCCCGGGUGUUUGCGGAGAAUGCUGAGUGCAGAGCUAAGGGUGUCCAGUUACUGCUUUCUCCAGCCACUCUGGUACCUUCCGCCCUGAAGUACAGCACAGAAGGGUUUCCCCUUAGACAAUCUCUGAGCUCAGCCGAGCCUCGUUUGCCAAUCUGGAAAAGGGAGCCAUGGAACUUGUGGAACCGUGAAGAAGCAAAUCCUGCAAAGCACCAAUCACAUCUCCGCAUCUCUGUGCCACUACUGCUUCUGGGCUGCCUCUAGUUACCUAAGCUUCGGGGUAGCUUUGAGAUACUGAAGUGGAUACUGAACUAAUACCCCAAAAGAUAACUAACCCCUCCUUCAACUUGCAGCUGUCUCAAAAAGAAGGUGGGGAAACAGGACCACGAAGGCUGAUGGGAGCUCCUGGUGUUGACAGAGAUGGAACUGGGACUUGGAGACUCUACUGCAUUGCCCCGCUGCCUCCAGCCUAGGUGGCAGCAAGCUUUGUGGCCAACCCUAGCUGUUCUUGCCCUACUGAGCAGCGUCACAGAGGCCUCCCUGGACCCCAUGUCCCUCAGCCCCUCCGCUCGCGAUGGUCCCUCGCCGGUCCUGGCGCCCCCCACCGGCCACCUGCCUGGGGGACGCACUGCGCAUUUGUGCAGCGAAAGAACCCUGCCACCACCGCCACAGUCUCCCCAGCCCGCACCCCCGCCGCCAGGUCCCGCGCUCCAAUCUCCUCCCGCUGCGCUCCGCGGGGUACGCGCCGCACGUGCAGAGACCCGGAGCAGCCGCGCGCGGGCCACGGAUACGCGCGGCUGCCGCCUGCGCUCGCAGCUGGUGCCGGUGAGCGCGCUCGGCCUGGGCCACAGUUCCGACGAGCUGGUACGUUUCCGCUUCUGCAGCGGCUCGUGCCGCCGAGCACGCUCCCCGCACGACCUCAGCCUGGCCAGCUUACUGGGCGCCGGGGCCCUGCGGUCGCCCCCUGGGUCCCGGCCAAUCAGCCAGCCCUGUUGCCGGCCCACUCGCUAUGAGGCUGUCUCCUUCAUGGACGUGAACAGCACCUGGAGGACCGUGGACCAUCUCUCGGCCACUGCCUGCGGCUGUCUGGGCUGAGGAUGCUCUCCAAGCCUUUGCACACUGAACCCUUGUGUCGCCCUGCCUGGAACAGCCCCACUCGGCCUCGCUAGCCAGGAACCUCAGUCGGAAAAGGAGGCUGUAGAGCUCAGGCCCCAGGCCCGUGAGUGACAUACAUCGAGCCAGAAGAGAUGACCUAACUAACCACUGACCAACAGCUCCAAGGUGCUCAUGGAUCCCAGCUCUACAGACACCAGAAACCUCAGCUAAGGAGAACUCCUCUGGGAGAAUUCAGAAAUGGCCCCAAGUCCUGGGGGAUGAAUUUUGAGGAGAUACAUUGUAGUCGCGUUGCUGGAAGAGCCUGUGCUGAAUGAAGCCAGCCAUGUGUUCACUUGUGGAAGCCGAAGCCCUAUUUAUUGUUUCUAAAUUAUUUAUUUACUUUGCUGGUUUGUCAGAUCUUUUCCUGGACACGGGGGAUGGGUAGAAGAGGCUGGAUGAAGAUGUUGCCCCCGCCUCUCCACUUCCAUAGUUCACACUGACUCGGCCAUCACAGUGUUGACCUGGAUCACCCACUGCUUUCCCCAUCGGGUGGCUCUGAGAUGGGAGGCACAGCUGGGUGACGAAGAUGCGCAGUCCUCAGCACUUGGGGCCUGGGUUACCUGUGGGAAAAUAAACUAUUUAGCCUUUGUGGAGAAAGGCUGCCUUGUGACGGUUGAGGCUUUGUCCCACUCCAUCAAUGUCGGUGUCUUACCAUGCAAGGACCUGUCUCAAAGGCUCCCCGACAGGCACACACGCUGCUUCUACUGACAGAUAGUCAAGCCCUGAAGGAGCCCAGGGCGAGAGAACAUCUGAAGAGCUAAGGAUGGGAGAGGGGAACCAGGGUGCUUGUUCCUGGGAGGGAAGCACAGAGCCUCCUGAAGAUAGAAAGGCAGGAAAGCCCUGAGGGUCUCAGCAGAGCGUGAAUUUGGGGUGACGAACAAGCGUAUUCAUUUAUUCGCCCAAUAAACAUCAGCAAUGAGAGGUCAGCUACUAGGCAGACACUAAGGAUGCAGAAGCCAGGCUGCAGAUGUACUUCAGGUGGCAGAGUGCCUGCCUCGUGUGCUUGAAGCCCUUGGUUUGGUGUCCAGCACCACAUAAGCAGGAAGUAGUGGUACACACCUGUAAUACCAGCGCUCAAGGAUCAAACAGUCAAGAGCAUCCUCGGCUACAUAUUGAGUUCCAGGCUAGCCUGGGCUACAUGACAGUCUGUCUUAAAAGGAAAGAGAGAGAGAGAGAGAGAGAGAGAGAGAG